AGCCGCGUUAUUAUAUCGCCAAUUGUAAACUGAGAUUCAAAAGCGCGUCACCUUCCACUUAUUUUGAGAACUUGGAGGAAGACGCGCAUUAAAAAAAACAGCGGAGACACAUCUUGGACACAUCCAUGGGAUUGCAACGUUUGAGAUUUAGUAUGGCGUAUGACCGUAGAGCAGCUGCUUGUGUUUCACGAAAAUACAAAAUUAUCGCAAUAUUAUUGCGCAGUUUAUAACGACAAAAAAGUGUUUUUAAGAGACGAAAUCGUUUCGACGACCGGUUAUUGAACGCGUUUGCCUUUCGGGAUUCAUUAUUUGAUCCAUUUUCACAUACAAAAUGACGGAUCUUACGGAAUUGAGGAUGAAUGUAGCCGCGUUGAAACGCGUUGAUCCUUACAUAAAGGAUAUCCUGGAAACCGCGACGCAUGUAGCACUUUAUACUUUUAACGCGGACAAUAACGAAUGGGAAAAAACUGAUAUCGAGGGUGCCCUAUUCGUUUAUUCUAGAAAUGGUGAACCGUACAACAGUAUUCUCAUUAUGAAUCGAUUAAACACAAACAAUUUAGUGGAACCAGUGACGUUGGGCUUGGAUCUGCAGCUGCAAGAGCCAUUUUUAUUGUAUCGAAACUCCAAAAGCGAUAUUUACGGCAUUUGGUUUUAUGAUAAGGUUGAAUGUAUACGCAUAGCGGCGAUGCUUAAUACCCUGGUGAAAGAUUCAGAACUGAACCGUAAAGUUUCUGUUAAUACUGUGCAAAAGAACAACAAAGUGUCCAAACCAAACACAAAUAAUGUGGACAUAUUCAGUAUGUUGAGUAAAGCUCAAGAGGUUUUUAAUACAAACAAAAGUGGAGAAGUGACUAGCGGCAUUGGUUCCAAGUCUCCCAUCAACCACAAUGCUCGAGAUAUUUGCUGUCCGUUGUCUGCUCCACUGGGACCAGAUGUCACCUCUCAGAGCGUCAUGGAUUUCUUUGCCAGAGCAAAGGUGAAUACCGGUCACUUCAAAGCGGGUGAUCAUCCGAAUGCGCACAACGUCGGUGUAGCAGAAAGUAAACCGAUGUUGGCGCGUUUAAUGUCUCAUCCUGCGGCACAUACGCUCGAGCAUAUUGAGAAACAACAAAGGUCAACGACGCCACAGCCAGGCUUGUCAUCUCAUGUACCGGCUCAACCCCAAUCGUCGACCAUCUCACAAGUGAAUAACGUUGUUUCUGGCUCCUCAUCUGCCAGAGCUAAAAGACACAACAAAUCAAACGUGACGCAGGACGACUCGGUCGUUUCGGCUCUCACGUCAGUCUCUCAAGAACUACAACGACAGGUCAGUCGUAAUACCAGCGACACCAAUGGGGCCUCCAGUUUUCUCAGGAUAGAUUCACCAAGCGUUAAAACGGCUAAUUCAACGAAUCACCAGAGCAAUAAUAUUGUCAGCUCAUGCAAAACGGAUCCUAUUUUAUCGCUCUUUGAAACUGAGAGCACAACUUUGGAAUCUGAGGAUAUAAAGGCGAGUGGGACAUUGAAGAGUAUGGUAACAGGUCCGGCUCUGAUACCGCCUGUAAUGUUUGGAGCGCCUAGUCCGUCGGAGCCAUUGAGCAGACCAUUGGAGCCAUUAACGAGGAACCAAUUGUUACAGGCUUUUAAUUACCUUCUUCGCAGCGACCCGGACUUUGUGAAUAAACUGCACGAGGCAUAUGUCAAAUCGUUUGGCGAGAUACUAUCCUAGGUUCGUCGCACAAAUUAAUUAGGCCAUGGCUAAUUAAUCAGAGUGAUGAAUACUUUAAAUAAAUAAACAAGAACGAAUAGCGCACACUUGGGAUUUCGUCCGGUGUGACGUUUAUGAAAUCAUUUUUUAAAAAAUGAAAAGACCAUGAAAUAGCGGGCAAACGCGAGCCAGUAAACUAAAGUCUCGAUUUGAGAAUAAAACAAAAACGUAUCAAAAAAAUUGGCAGUACAUUCUCAACUGUAUAUAAAAAAUGAAAUUUAACAGAAAACUGUAAUGUUCGAGGUGCGGGAAACAAAAGACAGGAGGGAAUCUUAUGCGAACCAACAUCUGAAGACCGAUCCAAGAUUUUGUUGGAAAGAACCUGGGAACGAGAAAAAAUUCGCAGAGUGAGCGCGAGGAGAAAAGAGAGAAGAAAUGAAAUAAAAAAAAGUAAUAUUGACAGACCAUCUUGUCGACAGUAUUUUUAUAAAAUAAUAAGCACGUUAUUCCAAGACAAAGAGUGAAAUGUAGAUGGCGUUUGCCGAGGACUCAAGAAACUACAUAAUGUUCUGUUUUAUGUGGUAAACAUGGCGAUGGCCAGAAUAAAAGCCGAAAAAGAAAUUUGAGCGUCGAACAAGUUGAAGCAGCAGGGGGGAAGGUGAAAUACAAAAGAAGAAAAAAGAAUUUAUAGACUGAGGUAAGAAACACGCGAACGAUUUUAAACUGUGAUGCCAAGACAUUUAUAAAUUAUACUUAGUGUUUUACGGUCACGAGAGCGCUGCAAUGCUGAAAACCGAAAAAGCCCCGAACAGAAGCGAAAAACAAAAACCGCUUCUCAGAGAAAUUGAAAUGAAUCACGAGAACGAAGAAGCGUGUAUAUUUUAUGAAGUUAUAAUUAACGCGUAUCCUUUCUGUAAACGCGGGGCGUCGGUACACAUAUGUGAGCGAAUGUAAUGUGCUGAAGCGAAUGAAAAAAUAAAUAAAAACACAUCCACACAGAAACGACAACAAGAGCAAAGAGUUAAAAAAUAAAGGAAAAACAACGGUGGUGUUGAAGAAAGAAA